UCAGCCGGCUUGUCUAUGACUCUCACUUGGAAGGGAAUGACUUAGUUAGUUUCAGCAGUGUUGUGUAGUCAGUCCGCAAACGUUGUCAGUGAACGUGUGUUUCUCCCUUUUAACAGGCACCUCACCCAAAAAGAAAGUCAAAGUCCUGAGACAACAGCUGGGACAGUCUCUCUCUCUCUCUCUCUCUCACUCUCUCUUUCUUCUUUUCACAAACUGUAGUUCCUUCAUCUGCAGAGCAGGAAGAAUAUGACUGAAAGUUGAAGGUAAUCCAUUUGCCAAAACAAGAUGAAGGCUGCUGACACCGAAGGGGGCAGCUAACAAAUUUCUUAUAUUGUGAAGCACAUCUGCUGCAUGCAUUAGGAUCUCGGCAGGCGAUUCCUACCACUGGCAAAAUUACUUCACACUUGAAUGUCUCAAUGUCUCCUUGUGGAUUGUAAUGCCAUUUCGAUGCUGUGACAGGCCUACAUCUAGGUCAUAUAUCCAGAUAUUGGGAAUGGAUACCGACACCGUGACUGUACUGAACUUUACUACAAUCUCCUGAGUGAGAAAUAGAACACUGAUAAAUGACAUGUGAUUAUUUGACUAGUGCAAGUCAUACUGACAUAUUAAUAGUGGUUUUAACUUGACCAUGCAUCCCAUUUGUAGGCUUUGGAGCCAAGCCUUCUGAACCCAAAACUGGAUUUACGACCCGAUUUCUUCUGAGAAAGACUUGAGGAUAUUCAGGUUUAUAUUGGGUAUAUGUGACAGCUGGAACCCCAAAGCAGUCAGUUUAAUGGUAGAGUACUGUUUCUAACCAGAGACGAUUAAUUACCUUUGUGACAAACAGUCGGGGCAAACUCCCUGCGAAUCUGUGCUAUGGCGGCAGCAUACAGACUGGUCAUUAGCACUGUAAACUGCUAUAACAGUGUUACAAUUGAUCAGCGUUUUCAGCACACUGUACACUACUGUAAUGGAUCUUGCCAGGCUUUGAAGAAUGCUACUGGUAUUGACUGCAGUGUAGCCCAUCAUGGUGUAUGUUCAGAGUUGCUCAGCCCUCCAGCUUUUCCUACUUGCAGUCUAAGACUCUCGGGUACUCCCGACCUGAACCACAAGUUGUCAACUACUGAAAGUAUAGCCGCUUCCUCUGACAUCGCCUCUGAGGAUUGUCAGCAGUUUCUGCCUGGCAGUACUAGGGUCAAAAAGGGACAAGUCACACCAGGUUUGUCCAAUCUGAAAGACAUCACUGGGGAUGCCAUAAAUUUGGCAAGUGGCAAAACUAAAGAGUUUUCAUUCGAAAAGAUGAAGUGUCCCUCAAGCCACGUGAGCUUCAGGAAAGGAAGAAAAGUAAAACCAGAUGUGGCCAGCAGAAAAUCUGCAGACUUUGAUAUAAUUAACAACCAUAUCGGCAGUGACGAGAAUUGUCCUCCUUUUGGUUUUGCACAGAAAUCAGCUGUUGAGGAGAAGGGGACGAAUCUAAGCAUAUUGCACGAACACAACAUCAGCAAUGCUGCACCUCUGUACCUCCAAAACUUCUUAGAAGAGAAUUUAAUUGCCAAAAUUCUAGAAAAAAAUAAAGCCGUUAGUUCGGGCUCAGGAGAGGACAUAAGGGUUUGCUUGGACAUUCUACUGAAGUGCUCAGAGGACCUCAAGAAAUGCACAGAGAUUAUUAAGCAGUGUAUUAAGAGCAAGGCCCUUGGUAAUGUUGACAGAGAUGCCAGCAACAAUCCUGAUAUAAUCUACAAGAAUGUAAUGGCCAGGCUUUCCAGCUACCUGAAGAAGCUGCCUUUUGAACUUGAACAUGGGUUAUCUGGGCACUCAAACCAGCAUGAUCUGACUGAACUGGUGAACAGUCUGCAUAACCUGCAGCAAAUGCCAUAUACCCCAUUUGGGAAUGAUCAGCCUCCUCGAUAUGAAGAUGUGGUCCAGUCAUCAACAUCUAUUAACCUACCUCUUCCUCCGAUGGAAAUACAAAAGAUCCAUAAAGAUACUAGCGGCAAGAGUACAAGGCCUCUUGACAGUGCUCCUGGUCUUCCAUGUAAUGGUAGUCUUCAAAACAAUGGUAUCCAACAAAAAAAUACGAUUGCUGUAAAUCAUCCCAGUGCACUACCUCACUUAAUAUCAUCAAAUUACACUGAUAGCUGUUCCUCUGAAGACAAGCUCCUGUCCAAGAGGAGUGACAUUAUAUCAAAAGUUCCCAUGGAGCCUCUUUAUAUUCAGGAGGAUUGUGACAUUGACAAACUUUUGGGCCAGGAUUCAAAAGGGAAAGGACACUUUGGGCUGUCACAGCUCAACCUUGACAAGCAAACUUCUUCUGAGGUUUGUAAGGGAACAGGAGAAAUUGGGGUUCCAAUCACCAAUAACUUGGGACAAAAAAGAACCCAUGUUGAGACAAUGUCUGACUCUCCAAACGUUUCCGCUAAUUUAAAAAGGGUGUACAACUUUACAGAUCCCUCAAAGGUUACUCCAAAAAAUGACAAAGAUAUCCAACAAGAAGAUAUUGAAAAACUACUAAUGGAAUUAGAGUCUUUUUCUCAGACUAUAGAAGAUGGACAGAAGUACAAUUCUUCCAGAGGCAAUGACGUUGAUUUGAAAAACUGCAGUCCACAAACGGAACAUCAUCUUUUGGCUCCUGACUCAGGAAGUAAUCACUUAGAUGCAACACUGAGAGAAAGUGUAGCGUUAUCGCCUAAUGUAAGUAAAGGUGACGAGGACGAUGGAGCCCUCCUAUUACGCAUCCUAGAGAGCAUUGAGGGUUUUGCUCAGGAGCUCGUCGAACGUGGGAGUAAUAAGGACAUUUUAGCAAGAGAAAAAGAGGUAAUGUGGAUACUCCAAGACACAUUAAAACAGACUACAGAGUCUUGCAAAACAGCAGAGCCAACCCAGACAGUUGUGGCUAAAGACACAGGCUCGCACUUAUCAGUUCAACAGAUCCCAGAGGUGAUCAAGGUCCAAAGCAAUAAAGAGAAGAAACCCGGAACUCCACCUCCUGCUGUGACUAACACUGCUCCUAGUCCUCGUCCCCCUUCAAAUAAGGUUGUUGUCAGUACUCCCGCAUCUGUAAACAUUCCACGCUUCUACUUCCCUAAAGGACUUCCAAACGCUAACAAUGACCAUGAUGAGACCGUUAUCAAGAUUGAAGCAGCCUUCUCAGAGUUUGAGGAUGAAAACGCUGAUAUUUAUGAAAUGGGCAAAAUCGCAAAGGCUUGUGGCUGUCCUUUAUAUUGGAAAGCCCCCAUGUUUAUUUCUGCUGGUGGAGAAAGGACAGGAUGCGCGUCUGUGCACUCGUUUGUGGCAACGUGGAGAAAAGUGUUACAGACCUGCCACGACGAUGCAUCAAGGUUUGUCUACCUUCUUGCCAAACCUUCCUGCAACUACCUGGAACAGGAAGACUUCAUUCCACUGUUGCAGGACAUUGUGGAUACACACCCGGGUCUGACAUUUCUGAAGGAUGCACCAGAAUUCCAUUCACGAUACAUUACCACGGUCAUACAGAGAAUAUUUUACACAGUCAACAGAUCCUGGUCUGGCAAGAUAACCCUGACAGAACUGAGGAAGAGCAACUUCCUGCAAACUCUUGCGCUCCUGGAAGAAGAAGAUGACAUAAACCAAAUCACAGACUACUUCUCAUAUGAGCACUUCUAUGUAAUUUACUGUAAGUUCUGGGAACUAGACACUGACCAUGACCUCUUUGUUGAUCAGAAGGACUUGGCCAGACACAAUGAUCAUGCUAUCUCCAAUAGAAUUAUUGAAAGAAUAUUCUCUGGAGCAGUUACAAGGGGUAAUUCUGUGCAGAAGGAUGGGCGAAUGAGCUAUGCUGACUUUGUUUGGUUUUUGGUUUCUGAAGAGGAUAAGAAGAAUGCCACCAGUAUGGAGUACUGGUUCCGGGCCAUGGACAUUGAUGGUGAUGGUGUGCUCUCUAUGUAUGAGCUGGAGUAUUUCUACGAAGAACAAUGUGAACGGAUGGAGGGAAUGGGCAUCGAGCCAUUGCCAUUCCACGACCUCCUGUGCCAGAUGCUGGAUCUAGUGAAGCCAGAAUGUGAAGGAAAAAUCACCCUGCGAGAUCUGAAGAGGUGCAGAAUGGCACAUAUAUUUUAUGACACUUGCUUCAACUUAGAGAAAUAUCUGGACCAUGAGCAGAGAGAUCCAUUUGCUGUGCAGAAGGAUAUUGAGAGUGAUAGUCCAGAGCCUUCGGAUUGGGACAAAUAUGCAGCAGAAGAAUAUGAAAUUUUGGUGGCAGAGGAGUCUGCCAAUGAGCAGUUACAGGAAGGAUCAUUUGAGGAUGACUAUGAAUCAGAUGAACUGACCACUGGCCCCGAACUCAGCAACAAGAUGGACAAGCUUGUCAUUUCUGACCUUCCGACAUAAAUUCAAAGCUAGGUCAACUGCUGGACAGUCAGAUUGACCAGUAGGCAUCAACUCUAAGGACUGACUAUUACCCUGUCAGCAAUGUAGAGAGAGCAAACUGUUUAUAUCUCCUUUGUUUUGUUUUUUUAAAGAGAUUAUGCCAGAUUUUAUAUCAGAACGAAGAAGUACAUGCUUAUUGUGUGCAAUGGACUUUAUUCUAAAUCAAAUACUAUCUGUUCGUGCAAUAUGUCUUAAAGUGCAGUGUUAUGUAUAUGGAUUUCUGCUUGCUACCCAUCGCUGUGUGUUGUCCUCAUUUAGUUCUUAAUUUCACUUUUCAUCUUUCUUUUGACAACAGUUCCUAGUUAUUUUCUUAUGAAGCAUUCUUUACUUAGUGCCUUAUGAAUGCCUGGUAGAAUUCCUUUCCUGCUACUAGUACUUACUAUUUCUUCACACGUCGUUUCAUAUACUCUUGCUACUCAUAGACGCAAUACAUUCACAGAGAUGAAGGAAUGUGAACCAACCCAUAUGCCUGGGUAAAAUGUGGAGCUGAUUAGCUACAAGAGCCAAACUUUGAGAAUAUCUGUUGGAAUGUAUGAAAUCCAUCUCACGAGACUCAGAUUGGGGCAUUGACCAGUGACAAAGUAUUUACCAGUUUCUAGAAAUUGGGCAAUGUAUAUCUCUGUAAAUACCCAUACCAUAGCCUGACCUUAUGCCAUCGAGUUCAAACCUCAAGCAGCCCAAGAGAUGUUUUCGAAGCAACACUUUGGCUCAUGCCACAUUUGUCAACGGUUUCAAAUUAUCGUCUGAAAGGUUUUCUGAUUGUCAAGCAAAGUUCAUACCUGAAAUUAACAGAGGCUCCGUUUUGGCUCUAAAUGUGUGGUUUUACGAUGGAGGCAUGAAAAUAUAGAAAUUAACGGAAUGAAUAAUUUCCAGAGCAUUGUAGCACCAAAGCCAUGGUUUGUCGAAUCAACUUCAUGGAGAAAACGUCUGCCAACAACAGAAAAUCAGGGAGUUAUUUCUCUCUUGCAGUUAUAAUUAUCUUAAAGAUUAUUUGACCUCUUCUCAUGGUUCACUGAAUAUAUUUAGAUAGGAAAAGAAAAAUCAACCCGAUUUCAUGCUCCUGAUUGAUAUCCAGUGUCCACUUUUGCUGGAAAGUGACCGUUUGUGGAUUUUGGGUGCGGACAGAAUUGGGCUCAGCUGCGAUUUUUCCACUUGAUUCAAUUGAACACUCAAUGUCAAAGUUCUUACAUGAACAAUAAGCUCUUGGAUGAAGGAAGGAAGUGGCCCUAUGUCCUGGGUUUAAGGGGGGAAAAGGAAUCAAAAAAAUGCUUUCAGAAAA